AUGUCCGUGCCGCAAGCCUGUCAAAGGCCGAUCGUGAUCGGAUCGUCGGCGGUUAUCUCUGUGUAUGGACAUAUUCAUACAAUUCAUGCUCAAGUUCUCACCAACCUCACAACAUCAUACACGCACAGCACGGCACAGCACCUCGCCACAACUGGCUCCCUGUCAGCUGAACAGCAACCCAAUGACCAACUUAUAUGCAAGUCUCAAAGUUAUCACUUCUCCCCUGCUCACCGAAAAUAUCAACGGCCCAAGCGGCACUCUUCCAAUUGGCCCAAGUCGGCGUUACCUUGCGCAACCGCCCCGGAUGCACUGACAAGCCUCAGCCGAAGGGAGAUGAACGAGCAAGCCAAGUCUCCACCGGGACGGCAUCUGACCAAAUCAGGUUGCACGUCAAGAGACAUCCAGCUGCGCCCUGAAAUUAUGAACAAGGGCAGUUGUGAAAAUGUGUAA